AUGGAGGCUGCCGCGCUGAGGCAGCCCGUGGAUACGAACAUGGAGGACGCUGGGAAGGUGGAGCACAGCUUGGGCGCCGUCGUCGACCCGCCCUCAAUACCCACCCUCGACGGCUGGAUCGAGUCGCUCAUGGCCUGCAAGCAAUUGGCCGAGGACGACGUGCGGCGGCUGUGCGAGAAGGCGCGCGAGGUCCUCCAGGACGAGUCCAACGUGCAGCCCGUCAAGUGCCCCGUCACCGUCUGCGGCGACAUCCACGGCCAGUUUCACGACCUGAUGGAGCUCUUCAAGAUUGGUGGCCCCAAUCCGGACACCAACUACCUCUUCAUGGGCGACUAUGUGGACCGUGGAUACUUCUCGGUCGAGACGGUAACGCUGCUCGUCGCGCUGAAGAUCCGCUACCCGCAGCGUAUCACCAUCCUCCGCGGCAAUCACGAGAGUAGACAGAUCACCCAGGUCUACGGCUUCUACGACGAGUGCCUGCGCAAAUACGGCAAUGCGAAUGUCUGGAAGUUCUUCACCGAUCUCUUCGACUACCUGCCCCUGACGGCACUCAUUGACAACCAGAUCUUCUGCUUGCACGGAGGUCUUUCGCCCAGCAUCGACACGCUUGACAACAUCCGUGCCCUCGACCGCAUCCAGGAGGUGCCGCACGAAGGUCCCAUGUGCGACCUGCUCUGGUCGGAUCCGGACGACAGAUGUGGAUGGGGAAUCAGUCCAAGAGGAGCUGGGUACACGUUCGGCCAGGACAUCAGCGAGGCGUUUAACCACAACAACGGACUCACGCUUGUUGCGCGUGCGCAUCAGUUGGUGAUGGAAGGAUACAACUGGAGCCAGGACAGGAACGUGGUGACGAUAUUCUCAGGUAAAGUGAAGCGCGGGACUUUUCACAAUCUUGUCUGGCUAACGUUAUUGACAGCACCGAACUACUGUUACCGCUGCGGAAACCAAGCCGCCAUCAUGGAGAUUGAUGAGCACCUGAAAUACACCUUGUACGACUAUCCGAGCGCCGUGCUCGCCUUUGACGUUUUGCUGCACGUUAUGCUGACACUGUUCAUAGCCUCCAAUUCGAUCCCUGCCCACGCGCCGGUGAACCAAUGGUCUCCCGUCGAACGCCAGAUUACUUCUUGUAA